AUGUCCACUUCUUAUGUAGCUAAUAAUUUGCAGUCUGCCUUAACUGAACCUGAUGUAGUUUCGUGUCUCGUGGCCAAAGAACUGAAUAAAGGUUACCUUAUCGGCCCUUUCAGCUCUCCUCCUUUUUCACCCUUCCGUGUUAACUCUAUCGGCAUAGCUACACGUAAAUAUUCCGGGAAAAAACGCCUGAUUUUCGACAUGUCGUCACCGCAUUCUAACACUUUCGCAAGUGUCAACGAAUGCAUUCCCUUAGAACCUUUCUCGCUUUACUACGCCUCAGUCGAUAACGCCAUUCAUCUCAUUAAAAUAGCGGGACUUGGUGCAUGCCUAGCAAAAGCAGACAUUACAGAUGCUUUCAAAAUAAUGCCUAUUCACCCUUCUGAUUGGCCUCUUUUCGGCAUUAAAUGGGAAUCAAAAUUCUAUUUCGCAGUGAGACUCACUUUCGGCUGUAGAAGUAGCCCGCACAUUUUUAAUUGCCUGUCGGAAGCUCUGUGUUGGAUUCUGUUGAACGUUUGCAAUCUCCCCUUCGUGCUACACCUUCUAGACGACUUUCUGCUAAUAGACUUCCCUUCUUCACAUCGCUCUGUGCUCGAUAUCUUAAAGCACUUAUUUUGUGAAUUAGGCAUUCCCCUGUCAAAUGAGAAAACAAUGGGUCCGUCUACCUCGAUUGAAUUCCUCGGCAUCAUUCUCGAUUCGAUAAAGAUGCAAGCUUCACUCCCUAUUGAGAAACUCGUCAGAAUUAGGUCGUUCAUCGAAUCUUUUCUCGAGCGUCGAACCGUUUCUAAACACGACAUGCUGUCUCUCCUGGGACAUCUAAAUUUCGCAAUGAGAAUUAUCCCUCAAGGUCGCUCCUUUAUUUCUAGAUUGCUGACCUUGGCUCACUCAGUAGUUAACUUGACGGACACAAUAACUUUAGACGAAGGGUGUGCUUCAGACCUCAGGUUUUGGUCACAUUUGCUUAAGAACUGGAAUGGUGUUUCCUUCUUCUAUAAUGACAUUUCCGAAUCAUCCGCCGAACUAGAGCUUUACACCGAUGCAGCCCCUUCAAUUGGUUUUGGGGGAUACUUUCAGGGGGAAUGGUUUUCAGAGAAAUGGCCUGCUGCAUUCUCUCACUUAACUGUUACAGCUCCGUCGAUUGCGUGUUACGAGUUAUAUCCUAUCGCCGUAGCCAGCGUCCUCUGGGGUCCAGCCUGGUCACGUAAACGCAUUACAAUGUACUGCGAUAAUGUAGGCACUGUCGAAAUCAUUAACAAAGGUCAAUCACAUUGCCAGGCUAUAAUGUCUAUUCUUAGACGCGUAACAUGGCAAUCCAUCAUCAAUAAUUUCACAAUUAAAGCCGAACAUAUCCCAGGAAAAUCAAAUGCCAUUGCUGAUGCUCUCUCUCGCUUUCGUUUACAGGCUUUCAGGCGGCUUUGCCCAGCAGCAAACGAGAUUCCAACACCAUGCCCGACACUGCACGAAAUCAUCCUGGAUUAGGUUCCCACUAUAACCAUCUGCUUAAUUCUGCCAGAUUUUAUAUUACACAAGG